AUGGUCUUUGAGAGUCACUAUCUGAACCCUCUCCCAGCAUGGCUGAACUCUACAGCUGCCAAAUGGGCCUGGGUAUCACUGACUGCAUUCGCCAAUCUGCCGGGCCAGUUCAAUCGAACCGUCUUCGAUGCCCCAUGGGCAACAGACACAGAAAAUUCAAUACUAUCAAAGACACUAAACCACGUCAACACUACCGACUUCGUCGCCUACGACGAACGCUUCUUCGAGAUCAUCGGCGCAGACACAACAAUCAAGCACAUCCAACAUCUCGCCUACCAAUCCCACGAAGCACCAUGCUAUAUCCCCGAAACAAACCAACUACUCUUCGUCGAAUGGGGUAAACCAGGCGGCGACGACGGUAUUCACAAAUGGCAAUACCUCCUCGAUAUCGAAAACAAUACCCUUCGAAAGAUCAUCACCAACCCACCAACCUACAACCUACACGGCUGUGUCCAUUUCCAGGGCCAGCUGUACGGCGUCACGGACGGAUAUGGAGACAAUGAGACGGGAAAGCUCGUUCAAAUUGACCCGCACUCGUGGAAGGCAACGACACUGUUGAAUAACUUCCUCGGUCAGCCCUUUGCCGGAUUCAAUGAUCUGGAAGUUGACCCGGAAGGGAAUUUCUGGCUGACGGAUUCGAAGUCUGGCUGGGGCCGUGGGAUCGUUGACUUUACACCUCCCAACGACCCCUCAAUCUACUUUGUCAACGGAACUACCAUGCAAGCAAAGGUAGUAUGGACAACCAGCGGCAACGCAAAUGGCGUGGCCAUGGGCCCUAAUGGGAGAACACUGUACGUGCCGGACUCGGGUGUUUCGGAGUUUCGACCGUCGUAUAAGAACCCUUACGGUCGCCGGAUGGUUUGGGCUUUUGAUGUUGUGGGCCGAGGCGCUGUUUUGGCUGGCCAGCGAUUGUUCACGAGUCCUGUUUCAUACUUCUAUGAUGGGAUUCGGGUAUCAGGGGAAGGCUGGGUCUUUGCUGGAUCGGGGGAUGGGGUUGAUGUUAUUGAUCCGGAAUCUGGGUUUGUGCUUGGCUCUAUUCGGCUUGGGGGUGGAGAGAAUGUUGCUGUUAGCUUGGCUUUUGGCGAGAAUGAGCUGUGGAUUGUUGGGAAGGGUGGUGUUUGGCAUGUUAAGGAUAUCAAGACCAAGUUGAAGAGGGAUUGGUGA